AAGUAACCCGGGUAUCUAGACUGAUACGAACAUUUGCGAAGCCUACAGCCCGGAGUCUGCGGUCUUCCCAAUCCCGUCUUAUAGUCUUUAACUGGCACGCUUCCCUUCCGUCGGAGGAACUGGUUUUACUCUUUACCAUAGUACCUGACUUUCUUUCGUCGUUGAGCUCCUUAUAUUUGCUUGUUUUUAGAGUGGUCACCUUGCUUGUCCGUGAUCGGCUUAAAUCUAAUAUCCCCAUCCGCAAUGAGUGGCCAAGCCGGGUCUGGCGCCAACCUCGGCAACAACUUCGCUAACGUUACGAUUCCCUUCAAGGACUGCACGCCAGAGAUAUGUCCUUACGAUCUGUCUUUCUAUGCGUACCGUAUCGAUCUAGCACCCAACGCGGUUUUCCUGGCACUGUUCGCCCUCUCCCUCAUCGGCUUCCUCGCCGUUUUCGCCUUCACCCGGCGUGGCGGUAACUUUACUAUUGCUAUGGUCCUCGGUCUCAUCAGUGAGAUCAUAGGUUACGCCGGGAGGAUCAUGAGCUGGCAGAACCAGUGGUCUGAAAACGGGUUCUUGAUGCAGAUCUGCUGUUUAACCAUAGCGCCAGCCUUCCUUGCCGCCGGCAUCUACCUGUGCAUUCGGAAGAUUGUGUUCGCCUUCGGACCUGAGAACUCACGGAUCCCGCCCCAAUACUAUACUCGCAUCUUCAUCCCCUGCGACGUCGUCUCCCUAAUCCUUCAAGCCUCCGGCGGUGGUCUCGCCGCCUCCGCCUUCCACACGGGACGCUCUACGGACCUCGGCGACAAAAUCAUGAUCGCCGGUCUCGCUUUCCAAGUCUUCACGCUCUUAGUAUUUAUGCUUAUAUCCACCGACUUCCUAAUCAACACUUUGCGCCGGCGCCGAACCCUCGGUUCCGCAGCACUAGACCAAGACCCGGCGCUAGUUACGAUGCGCAACUCCUGGAUGUUUAAGGCCUUCCUGCCCGCGCUAGCGCUAAGCACCAUCUGCAUCUUCUGGCGUAGCGUGUUCCGCGUUGCGGAGCUGAGUCGCGGGUUCUCGGGACCAUUGAUGGCUCGUCAGGACCUAUUCAUCGGCUUUGAGGGUGUGAUGAUCACUAUCGCUGUCUUUGUCCUAAAUGUCUUCCAUCCGAGCCUGUGCUUCGGCGAGAUUAUAGAUCGGAAGUUUGCGGCUAGCGAUGAUGGUACCCGCAAAGAGAUCCGCCAGAACGAGUUUGAGAUGUUACCCGAAACCAAGCCUAGUACUGCGACUAGUGUUACUGAUGCUCGGGGGAGUAGUUCGAAUAUAAAUGAUGUUGAGCGUGGAGCUUGAGUGCGACUUAAUUAGGUUGAAGUUUAAGAUUUGCGGCGUUCUGGGUAUAGGAGCCAGUUGGACGGACAUACCUUUUCUUUGACCAUCUACGAGGCGUUUUAUAUUCCGCUCUUUGAUGCAUCUAGAAUAUAGAAUCGACAAUGCCUGCGGUUGAUUUUUACUAUUUAUGGAGGGUGAUAUGGACUUGCUAUAGAUAUCUUAUAAGAUGGGAGGACGAAAUGUAAAGACCAUAGGUUAUCCCAGGGCGUAUAAAAGUGUAAGACAGCAGUAGAACAGUCACUAGCUCUUAAAUAAAGGUAUUAAAGCAUUGAAUCAAA